GUGCGCACUCUUCUGCCCCCCCGCCCCCGCGCGGGCUUCCCUCUGACCAGUCGCGCGUGGGCUGAGGCCCUGGGCGGGCGUUGCGAAGGCUUGUUUGCCAAAGCGCAGUCGCCGCCGCAGUCUGAAGUUCCCUUCUUUGGGGGAAGCGGGGGAGGGUGUAGACCCCCCCACUAGGGUGAAUGGGCUGUCGCGUGGGCUGCUAAGGGCAGCCUGGGGAGCACGGUGCCGGGGCCGUGACCAUGAACUCGCCCGUGGACCCCGGCGCUAGGCAGGCGCUGAAGAAGAAGCCGCCCGAGCGGACGCCCGAGGACUUAAAUAUUAUUUAUUCCUAUCUUCAUGGAAUGGAAAUAUUAUCAAAUCUCAGGGAACAUCAGCUUAGAUUAAUGUCUGCAAGAGCACGCUAUGAGAGAUACAGUGGCAAUCAAGUUCUUUUUUGUUCAGAAACUAUUGCCAGAUGUUGGUAUAUCCUGCUUUCUGGAUCUGUGCUUAUGAAAGACUCCAUGGUCUUGCCUCCUUGCAGUUUUGGUAAGCAGUUUGGAGGAAAAAGAGGAUGUGAUUGUCUUGUAUUAGAACCUUCAGAAAUGAUUGUGGUAGAGAAUUCCAAGGAUAACGAAGAUCGCAUUUUACAAAGGGAAAUUCCUGCCAGACAGUCUCGACGAAGGUUUCGGAAAAUUAAUUAUAAAGGAGAACGCCAGACUAUUACUGAUGAUGUGGACAUUAACAGCUAUCUUUCUCUUCCAGCCGAUCUUACCAAGAUGCACAUCGCAGACAACCCUCAUCCACAGGUGACUCAUGUGUCUUCUAGUCAGUCUGGUUGUAGCAUCGCCAGUGACUCUGGGAGCAGCAGUUUAUCUGAUAUCUAUCAGGCUACAGAAAGUGAGGUAGGAGAUGUAGAUUUAACACGUCUUCCAGAAGGACCUGUUGAUUCUGAAGAUGAAGAAGAGGAAGAUGAAGAGAUUGAUCGAACAGAUCCAUUGCAGGGGCGAGAUCUUGUUCGAGAAUGUCUUGAGAAAGAACCUGCAGAUAAAACUGAUGAUGACAUUGAACAAUUAUUGGAGUUUAUGCACCAACUUCCUGCUUUCGCAAACAUGACCAUGUCUGUAAGGAGAGAACUCUGCUCAGUGAUGAUUUUUGAAGUAGUAGAGCAGGCUGGAGCUAUUAUUCUUGAAGAUGGGCAAGAGCUUGACUCAUGGUAUGUUAUUUUAAACGGCACUGUAGAAAUUAGUCAUCCCGAUGGAAAAGUCGAAAAUCUCUUUAUGGGAAAUAGUUUUGGAGUUACUCCCACUUUGGAUAAGCAGUAUAUGCAUGGAGUUGUAAGGACUAAAGUCGAUGAUUGUCAGUUUGUCUGCAUAGCCCAGCAGGAUUAUUGGAGAAUUUUAAAUCAUGUGGAAAAAAAUACCCACAAAGUUGAGGAAGAAGGAGAAAUUGUUAUGGUACAUGAGCACCGUGAACUAGAUCGAAGCGGAACCAGGAAAGGACACAUUGUAAUCAAGGCAACACCUGAGCGUCUCAUCAUGCAUUUAAUAGAAGAGCAUUCCAUUGUGGACCCAACUUAUAUAGAAGAUUUCCUAUUAACUUAUAGAACAUUUCUUGAGAGUCCUUUGGAUGUUGGGAUCAAACUCUUGGAGUGGUUUAAAAUUGACAGCCUAAGGGAUAAGGUAACACGGAUUGUGUUAUUAUGGGUAAAUAAUCAUUUUAAUGAUUUUGAAGGUGAUCCUGCUAUGACUCGAUUUCUGGAGGAAUUUGAAAAAAAUCUGGAAGAUACAAAAAUGAAUGGUCAUCUCCGGUUAUUGAAUAUUGCUUGUGCUGCAAAAGCUAAGUGGAGACAGGUUGUGCUGCAAAAGGCUUCCCGGGAGUCCCCUCUGCAUUUCAGCCUUAAUGGAGGGACUGAGAAAGGCUUUGGUAUUUUUGUUGAAGGUGUAGAACCUAGUAGCAAAGCUGCUGAUGCUGGACUGAAACGUGGUGAUCAGAUAAUGGAAGUAAAUGGACAAAACUUUGAGAAUAUAACAUUUGCGAAGGCCCUUGAAAUUUUGAGGAAUAAUACUCAUCUUGCACUUACUGUAAAGACCAACAUUUUUGUGUUCAAAGAAUUACUUAGUAGGACUGAGCAAGAGAAAUCGGGUAUUCCUCAUAUUCCAAAAAUUGCUGAAAAAAAAAGUAAUCGCCAUUCAAUCCAGGAUGUACCAGGAGAUAUUGAACAGACCUCACAGGAGAAAGGAAAUAAGAAAAUAAAAGCAAAUACUGUUUCAGGUGGAAGAAACAAAAUCAGGAAAAUUUUGGACAAAACACGAUUUAGUAUAUUGCCUCCAAAACUAUUUAGUGAUGGAGGCCUGAGCCAAUCACAAGACGACAGUAUUGUGGGAACAAGACACUGUAGGCACAGUCUGGCUAUAAUGCCUAUCCCUGGAACACUCUCAUCCAGCAGUCCUGACCUCCUGCAGCCUACCACCAGCAUGUUGGAUUUUUCUAAUCCUUCAGAUAUUCCUGAUCAAGUUAUAAGAGUUUUCAAAGCAGAUCAACAAAGUUGCUACAUUAUCAUCAGUAAAGACACCACAGCUAAAGAAGUUGUUUGUCAAGCUGUUCAUGAAUUUGGUUUAACUGGUGCAUCCGACACAUAUUCUCUCUGUGAAGUUUCUGUUACCCCUGAGGGUGUCAUAAAGCAGAGACGACUUCCAGACCAGUUCUCCAAAUUAGCUGAUAGAAUUCAGCUCAAUGGAAGGUAUUAUUUGAAAAAUAACAUGGAAACAGAAACCCUAUGUUCAGAUGAAGAUGCUCAAGAACUAGUUAAGGAAAGCCAGCUAUCCAUGCUGCAACUCAGUACUAUUGAGGUGGCCACUCAGCUGUCAAUGAGGGAUUUUGAUUUAUUUCGUAAUAUCGAGCCUACUGAAUAUAUUGAUGACCUUUUUAAGUUAGAUUCCAAAACAGGAAAUACUCACUUGAAAGAAUUUGAGGAUAUUGUAAACCAAGAGACAUUCUGGGUUGCCUCGGAGAUUUUAACCGAAUCAAAUCAGCUCAAACGAAUGAAGAUCAUUAAACAUUUUAUUAAAAUUGCACUUCAUUGUCGAGAAUGUAAGAACUUCAACUCCAUGUUUGCAAUAAUAAGUGGCUUGAAUCUGGCAUCUGUUGCACGACUCAGAGGUACUUGGGAAAAGUUACCAAGCAAGUAUGAGAAACAUCUCCAAGAUCUCCAAGACCUUUUUGAUCCAUCUAGAAACAUGGCAAAAUACAGAAAUAUUCUUAGUAGUCAAAGUAUGCAGCCUCCAAUUAUUCCUCUCUUCCCUGUUGUCAAGAAAGAUAUGACAUUUCUACAUGAAGGAAAUGAUUCCAAAGUAGAUGGUUUAGUAAAUUUUGAGAAGCUCAGAAUGAUUGCCAAGGAAAUUCGUCAAGUUGUUCGAAUGACUUCUGCUAACAUGGACCCAGCUAUGAUGUUCCGUCAGAGGUCGCUGAGUCAGGGCAGCACAAAUUCAAACAUGCUAGAUGUUCAGGGAGGUGCUCACAAAAAACGGGCGCGUCGAAGCUCUCUGCUUAAUGCCAAGAAGCUGUACGAGGAUGCCCAAAUGGCGAGGAAAGUGAAGCAGUAUCUUUCCAGCCUGGAUGUAGAGACAGAUGAGGAGAAGUUCCAGAUGAUGUCAUUGCAGUGGGAGCCUGCAUAUGGUACUUUGACCAAGAAUUUAAAUGAGAAAAGAUAUGUCAAAUCAUCAGAAAUGUCUCCAGUGCCUAUGAGGUCAGCUGGCCAAACAGCUAGAGCCCAUUUGCAUCAGCCUCACAGAGUAAGCCAGGUGCUUCAGGUGCCAGCUGUUAAUUUGCACCCCAUCAGGAAGAAGGGACAAGCAAAAGAUUCUGCCAUGUUGAGUACAGGUUUACCUCAGAAAGUUCUGGUAACAACCGAAGAAAUAAAUGGUAAGAAACAUACAGAAGACACUAUUUCUGUGGCAUCAUCCUUACAUUCUAGUCCUCCCGCGUCUCCUCAAGGUUCCCCUCGCAAAGGUUAUACACUCAUUCCAUCAGCUAAAUCUGACAACUUGUCUGACUCCAGCCAUAGUGAGAUUUCGUCACGGUCCAGCAUUGUGAGCAACUGUUCUGUCGACUCCAUGUCUGCAGCCCUACAGGAUGAACGGUGUUCCUCCCAGGCUGUCGCAGCCCCUGCCCCCAGCGGAGCUUUGGAAAAGGCAGAGCACUCCUCAGGGAGAGGAGACCAUAGCCAACUUGGCCCUGGGUGGACACUCUCAAAGCCAUCUCUAAUCAAGAGCUUAGCUGUCUCAUCCUCUAUGAGCAAUGAAGAGAUUUCUCAUGAGCAUAUCAUUAUAGAAGCAGCCGAUAGUGGUCGUGGAAGUUGGACUUCCUGUUCAAGCAGCUCCCAUGAUAAUUUCCAAAGCCUUCCAAACCCAAAAGGCUGGGAUUUUUUGAACUCUUAUCGACAUACCCAUUUGGAUGGUCCCAUAGCCGAAGUUGAACCCGCUGACUUUGAGCCCUAUUCCUGUCCUAAAGGCUGCUCUCGAACUUGUGGUCAGUGUAAAGGAAGCCCAGAGACUAAUCAGAUGAGACAGAGUUGGGCUUCCUCUAGCUCUCUGUCUGACACAUAUGAGCCAAAUUAUGGGACAGUUAAACGGAGAGUAUUGGAAAACACUCCAGCUGAGUCGUCUGAGGGCUUGGACCACAAGGAUGCCAUUGACCCAGUUUAUAAAACUGUUACUUCAAGUACAGAAAAGGGCUUGAUUGUGUACUGUGUCACCUCACCCAAGAAGGAGGAUAGGUAUAGGGAGCCUCCUCCGACUCCUCCGGGAUACAUGGGGAUUUCUUUAGCGGACCUAAAGGAAGGACCCCACCUACACCUAAAACCUCCAGAUUAUAGCGUGGCAGUGCAGAGGUCAAAGAUGAUGCAUCACAGCCUCUCUAGACUGCCACCAGCUUCUUUCAGUAGCAUCCCGGUGGCCUGUGUUCCAUCGAAGAUUGUAACUCAGCCUCAAAGGCAUAAUAUGCAGCCGUCUCAUCCUAAACUAGCAGAUGUGACUGACGCAGAUAGCGAAGCAGAUGAAAAUGAACAGGUGUCAGCAGUCUAGCCUUUGAGUGACCCACUUGAAGUCUACUGAAAGUCACAGAGGAAGAAGUGGGCAGGAACCAUCUCAUGAUUCCGCAGCCUGCCAACAAACAAACAGCUCUGUUGCUGCUGCUGCUGCUGCUGCUGCUGCUGCUACUGCUGCUAACCCAGAGGUUUCAUUCCCUGCGCUCUGAGCAGUGAGAUAGCCCUGAGUCAUGCUUCCUUUCAUUUAAUCCCUGCAGAUGCAUAGUUUGCUCAGCUGUGGAUUUCGUGCCUGGAUACCAGUCUUUGGUUUGUACACCAGACCUGCCUUGGGACCACAGUUACUGGAACAAAUUCAAACUCGAGUCCUCACCAUAUAUAUCACUAUAGAUUUUCCUUUAACACAUUAUUUUUAAGAUAAUAGUAGUAGUGGUAUUUUCAAGCCAUAGCUUGGGUUAACAGACAAAUUCAGAAUGUCUGCCAAUACCAAGGAUAUUUUUACGUAUUUGAAAACUAACUUAUUAUUUGAAGUUUUGUGGUAUUGUUUAUAUUUGGGAACUCUUGUUAACUAAUGUUCAUGUUUGAGGCCAUAAAACUGUCUCUUAUCUGACCAAACAGAAGUCAUCUUUACAGGAUGAUGUUUGGGAUGUAACAGUCUGUAGCGCCAGUGAAAAAUGUAGGGUCUCAGUUUGAGUGGAACAGGACUCCCUUUGCUGUUGAGGUGUUAGGAAGGAAAAUACUGCCAUCUGCUGGUCCAGAUUUGGAAAGCCAAGUGAAACUGCCACAGGGUAUCUAUCUUACCAGUUCUUCAGGAAAGGGAGGGGGUAUGAUGGGGUAUGUAGCAACCCUAAAUUCCAAACAAUGAAACUUUUCUCUUACAUAACAUUUAUGCCAGUUCUUUCUAAAGUCAAAGUCAUGCCGUUAUGUAACUGUAAGUAUAAACCCAGUAAAUAGAGAAUGAGUUCUAGAUAGUUCUACUCUGUAGAAACCCAUAACUAAAAAUUUUCACAACUCAAA